CCCACCCCGAGCCCUUACCUUUUUCAUCGCUUGCAAAUCAAUAUUUACUCCCAAGUCCCAACCCCAUCCAAUAACUAAGGUAGCUCAUACUUUAAGUUUUUUCAGUUCCCGCUAAUGGAAUUUCUCGUGGGCAAAUCCAUUCUUAUCACGGGCGCAACGGGCUUCCUCGCCAAAGUGCUAGUAGAGAAGAUCCUUCGCACUCAACCAGACAUAAAAAAGCUCUACCUUCUAAUUAGAGCCAAUGAUUCUGUAUCUGCUAUGAAAAGAUUCAACACUGAGAUUAUGGACAGUGAAUUGUUUAGAGUUGUGAAAGAAAAGUAUGGUGAUAAGUUUAAGACCCUUGUGGAGGAGAAGGUGUUCGGAGUGGCUGGCGAUAUUUCCCUCAAGGAUUUGGGAAUUCAAAAUGAUGAGCAACUUUUGGGAGAAUUGGACAUUAUUAUUAACUCCGCUGCAACUACUGUAUUUGAUGAGAGGUAUGAUGUUGCAAUGAGUACAAAUACAAUGGGCGCAACAAAUGUGCUGAAUUUUGCCAAGAAAUGCCAUAAUUUUAAGAUGAUUGUUCAUGUAUCCACUGCUUAUGUUUGUGGUGACAGAAUUGGAAUAAUACCGGAAAGACCAUUCCAUCUCGGUGAAACACUUAAUGGGCAUACCUAUUUAGACAUUGGUGAAGAGAAAAAAGUAAUAGAAGAUAAGUUAAUGGAACUUAAAGCCCAAAAUGCAACAGAAAAACAAAUCAGAGUAGCCAUGAAAAUUUUGGGCAUCCAAAGGGCAAAGCUUCAUGGAUGGCCAAACACAUAUUCAUUCACAAAAGCAAUGGGAGAAAUGUUGUUAUUAAAGUUUAAGGAGAAUCUAUGUGUCAUAAUGUUACGCCCUACAAUUAUUACAAGCACUUACAAAGAACCUUUUCCUGGAUGGAUUGAAGGUGCAAGAACCAUGGAUAUCUUUGUAUUGAUGUAUGGCAAAGGAAGAUCAAAUUUCAUGAUGGGAGAUCCGGACUCAAUACUCGACGCGAUUCCCGGAGAUAUGGUGGUGAGUUCAAUACUUGCGGCAAUUAUGCAUCAUGGAAGUGACAGUCAUAAUAUAUAUACUGAUGAGGAGUUGAUAUAUCAUGUUGGCUCUUCAUCUACCAAUCAUUUAACAAUAUUGGACCUCGGAAAUUAUUUAUAUCGCUAUUUUACGGACAAUCCCUGGUCAACCAUGAGUGGGAGGCUCGUCAAAGUAGGCAAGCCCAUGUUGCUUACUAGUUUGAAUGAGUUGCAAAGAUACAUUUCCUUUCGUUAUAUCCCAAUGCUAAAGGUAUUAAGGUUGUUGAACGCAAUACUUUUUCAAUACUUUGAUGAAAAAUGUGCGACUGUUGAAAAAAAUAUAAGUUUCGUGAUUCGGAUUGCUGAGUUGUACAAGCCAUACUUGUUCUUUCAUGGAAGUUUUGAUGACACCAACACAAAACGAUUGAGAGUGGCUACAACGCAAACUAGCAUGACAAAUAUUGUAAACUUUGACCCCAGCUCUAUCCAAUGGGAGGACUAUUUCAUCAAUACGCACAUUCCGGGAGUUGUAAAAUAUGCAUUCUAAUUAUGAAAUGAUUUGUCAAAAAUAUGAAAUUUGUUUGAGUGAGUUUACAUUCAAAAUUGUACUCCCUCUGUCCCGAAUUGAGGUGCAAAAGUUGACCGGCACGGGGAUUAAGGAAGUAUAGAAAUUAAAAUUAACUUUACCAUUCUGCCCUUUCUUUUAUAAUGAGUAAGAAAAAUGGCUG